GGCUGGACAAGAAUAAUAGCCCAAGUAACUCUUUCCCUUUCACUUAAACUCUUGUAUAGCGGGUGCUGGGCUCUCUGCUCUUUCCCCCACUUCGUUUAUUAGUUUACGGUGCAUAAAGUAUGAUCAUUAUUGUUACACUUAGCAGGAAACUGCAGUGCCCCGAUUUCAGCCUGUGCCGUACCAGCAGAUCAUAACUGGUCCUUUUCACACUUUAAUUCCCAUUAAAUUUCAACCACCAGUAAAAGCAAGCAGCGGUACCCACUGCAUCUUUGGUAGCAUCCUGCAAUUUGUUGCUCCAGCUUUAUUUCUCUUGCCCACCCACCCCCCCAUCUAUUUUUUCUUUCCCUUGUCUCCUCCUCAAUACAUUCAACACCAGGGCGCCCGGUGUUACUGCUCCUUGCGUUAACCUGUUGGAGAGAGCCAGAUUGUCAGAAGCCGCAAUGAGCACAAGAGGCGAAGGACCCAGCCAGUCCACGACUCCCCCGGAACAACCUGCAGAGCCACCGCAGAAGAGAGGUCGGGGAAGACCCAAGAAACAGCAGCAAGAACCCACUGGACCACCUACGCCUAAACGACCUAGGGGAAGACCAAAAGGAAGCAAAAACAAGGGUCCCUCUAAAGCAGCUCAAAAGAAAGCUGAGCCCAGUGGUGAGAAACGACCUAGGGGCAGACCUAGAAAAUGGCCGCAGCAAGAGGUCCAGAAGAAGCCUGCUCAGGAAGAGGGUGAAGGAAUGUCCUCACAAGAAUCCACAGAGGAAGAUUAAGAAACCACAUGAAUUUACUUCUACCUCAUUCAGCAGUUGGGUGUUUUGAAGGGAGAAGACACUACCUUGACCACUUUUUUUUCCCAAUUAACAUUGGUCUGUCCACUUUAUCCUGGGGAGAAACACAUCCUUUGAAAGACUUUUACUAUCUACCUUUUUGUAAUCCCUUCACAGUCCCAGGUUUAGUGAAAAAAAAACUGCUGUAACACAGGGGACACAGAUUAAUAAUGCAACAUUUUAAUUACUGUUUUCUUUUUUUUAAUUCUCAACAUACUUAUAGUUUAUUGAGCUGCUAAGUAAGGGUGAGUGGGUCAAAAGUUAUUUUUUCAUUACAAUGCACAAAAUAAUGCAAACUGAAAUCUCCAUAUGCACAGGAAAAAUAUGGGCAUUUUGAUAGAACCAACUUUCUUGCUUAAAAAUGGUGGACUGUAUUGUCCCUAACACCCACCCUCCCUUAACUUAGUAAACACCCUGUAUAGAACACCAAAGAUGAGGGAUAGGCACUGCUCUUAGAGAAACUUUAUAGUAGACUUUUUUUAAUUGAUGUUUUUCACUUACUGUAAUUCAGGAAAAUCUUAGGGCUGAUUUUAUAUAUAUAUAUUUAAUUCUGCUGUUAACUCAACACCUAAAAAUUAUAUUCAGUAAUUGAAGGGAAGAAUGAACAACUGACAGUUUGUUUUACAGCUCUGUAGGGACAACAAAAAGAAAUCAUUGAGACUUAGAAAGGGAACUGCUUUUCCCCACCAGUCAGCCAGUAAGAAUCACACAAAUGUAGAUGACUUUACCUCCAUUGCACUGUCAUGCGGCUAGUUUAAGUAAAACACAUUUCUUGGUUUUUGGGAACACAUGCUGUGCAAUUGAUCCUCAAACCAUUCCUCCUCCUUCCCAGCAAUCCAAAAGAAUACUCAGUCAAACCAGCACUUUUAGUGACAGUUGCAAUAUUACCCCAUUAUCUAUAACUACCUCUGAUUAAUUCAAUUAGUUUGACAGCCUCUCGGGUACAUGCUGCUAUACACAUAAAUGCAGGUUUUUUUUCCACCCAAAUUAAUGGACAGAUAAACACUGAUCUGUUAGUUCAGUUUUAGUUCUGUAGUUGAAAUAUUAGGGGAAACCAAAAUACCUGAAAACAUUUCUGUACUGCAAUAUAAUUGCUGAGAACUUUUACGAGUUACUUAUUGCCAGUUAAUUCAACUCAUUUUCCAUUUGUACUUUAACUUGAAUAUAAUUUUUUUUACUAAAUUACUCAUUGCUUUUUAACAGAUUCUUUUUUUUCUUAUGUUACGAUUAAUGAAAUGGAAAUGUCUCUAAUACUUUUAUCUUUCAUUAUUAUCAGUAGUGUUUGAACAAUAACUGUCCAAGUUUGUACCUCACAUGAUUUCAAGGGAAAUGGACUAAUCAGUUGACCAAAACCUACCUCCAGAUAUUAAAAAGGAACAGACUUGUUAUUGUCAACAUCAGUUUAAAAAUAUCAUUUAAAAUUUUAGGACUGCAACUAAUCCCUAGUCAAAGUAUUUUUGUAAAAAAAAAUAAAAUAACCUUGGUCACUAAAGCAUUUUAAAUUACUUUCUAUUCUGAAACCUUCAAAGGAAACGUGAAGCUUUGUAGGUAAAAAAAUACAAGAUCAGUUUUUUUGUAUAAUUCAAUCAAGAAUAU